GACAGUCGAGCCGAACGGACGUGGUAUUGUAGCUCUCUGUGAUACCUGAGUGGGACGGUGCGGCGUGGUUGCGCGGGGGUGGCGUGAGGUGUUGAGUUGAGUUAAGUUAUUUUAAAAUAGCAGAUAAUUAAUCAAGGGCCCAAGAUACAUCAUGGCAAAUGUUCCCCCGGCCGGACGGGGGAGCAGAUUUAAUCCCUAUUCUAAGGAAGAGGUUAGAAGAGAAGUGGGUAAAGGAAAUAGGAGAAGAAGCAUGUCACUGAGAAGCCAAGAUUCAAAUGAGGCGGGACAAGAAGACGAAGAUUUUGCGGCAGAGGAGAGCGACGUAGAAAUAAUGGAUGUACAAAAAUGCGCUAAAAUAUUAGGCAUAGAAUCGGUUGAGACCUCGAAUUUGAAAAGUAGCGUGAUUCAAAGUGAAUCAGUAGCGACAAAGGAAAAAUGUAGCGAGACAAUGGACAAGAUGGUUAAAGGGGGGAAAGGUCACGCCGGUAUAAGUCAGGAAGUAAACAAGUUUACAGAUAGCGAGGGAAUAGAGAAAAGAGAGCAGGUAAAGGACAGGUCGAUAAAUAUGAAAUGUGAUAAGAUAACUAAACAGGAUACCUUUAGCAGGGGUGUAAUUACCGAUUGGCCGUACGAAAUUCCAGAGUUAUGGGAGAAUAUAGUAGAUAAAAAGGAUAUCUUCAGAAUAGAAAAAAUGAAGAAAAGAGUCUGGGAUCAGGAGACAAAAAAGUUCCAGAUGCAAUUUAUAAACAAUUUUAUAAUCACCCUAAAAGGCAAAAGCAAGGAUAGAAUUAAGAUCUUUGAUAACUUAAAUAUUGGCUUGAGAAUCAGACCGUAUGUGGCUCCUGUGAUUCAAUGCUUUAAUUGUUUUAGAUUUGGCCAUUUCAAACACCAAUGCAAAAAUGAGGCUAGAUGCAUAGUAUGUGGGGACAACAUGCAUGGCGAUUGUAAUAAACCAGAGGCAUGCAGGAAUUGUGAAGGCGCCCACCGUUCUACCAAAAGGAGUUGCCCGGUUGCUCUUAGAAAUAAGGAAAUUAAAACAAUCAUGGCAUAUAACAACGUUACAUUUUUCGAAGCAGAAAGACUACUAAAGGAUAGUUUUGCAAACCAGAAUAUGACAAAUUACGACAGAUAUACGAACCUUUCAGCGUGGCCUAGGAUCGGGCACAAUAAUAAAGAGAGAGAAAAUGAGACUGAAAUAAAGAUAAACGAAUUUUCUCGUAAUACAAGUAAUGGCAAUAAUACUAAGGAAAACAAAACGACAGCAAACCAUCAGGUCAACUAUAGAACUUAUUACAAAGAUAUAGAAAGAGAUAGAGAAGAAGAGGAAAGACGUCGACAAGAGAGAAGAGAAAUAGAGGAAAGGGAAAGGAGAAGACAGGAAAGAAGGGAGAGAGAGAGAGAAGCAGGAGUAAGACGGAGACAAGAACAUAUAAACUACUAUAAGCAGUUUGACAACACAGAGAAGGAGAAAAGAGGAAUUAUUUUAUGCCAAAUGAGUAAUGAUGAGGUAAGAACUGAAUACUCGAAUAAUAGAACAGAAGAGAAUAGAGAGAAAGACUGGUCUACGAGUUUCGAUUGGUCGCUACAAGUAGCAAGAGAUAUAUGUAAGACAUCUUAUGACUUUCGUAAGGAAUUUAUGGAACUCCUAAAGCGGCAUAGUUCUCAAUCUAAAGGUAAAGAAUAUGAAGAGGAAUAUAAACAAUUUGAGAGUAACUUACAAGUCAUUGAUAAGGAAAGGAAGAUCUGUGAUAGGUAUCAAGAAGAAAUAAACAGAGCGAAGCGUGCAAGCGCGGAGGCUAAAAGAAGAUAUUGGGACAGUGUGAGAGAGAGAGAGAUGCUUUUAAAUGACUAAAAAUGGCUAAUAUCCUCAUGUGGAAUGCGGGAGGUAUAAAUCAUAAAAAGGCUGAGUUUACUAA